AUUAAAAUACAUUUAAUAAGAAGAAGAAGAAGAAGAAGAAGAAGUAGUACUGAGGCUUAUGUUUGGGAUAUGGAGAAACAGUUCGUUUCCUACGCUUCCACUAACACUAGAAGGACAAACGAGUUCCUUAAUAUGAUCAAGAAUGCUGCUUGUCUUAAUUCCUCAUCAUCAGACACCGGGAAAGGGCGGAGCAAGUCCUCGAGUCACAGAGUCUCACAUGGAUUCCACCUGGUGGAAGGGAAAUCAGGUCACGACAUGGAGGAUUACCAUGUUGCGGAGUACAGGAAUAUAAAGAAUCACGAGCUUGGAUUGUUCGCCAUCUUUGAUGGACACCUUGGAGACCGUGUGCCAAGUUAUCUGAAAGAUACCCUUUUCAAGAAUAUACUUGAGGAGCCAAAUUUUUGGAAAGACCCUGAGAAAGCAAUAAAGAAUGCUUACUGCUCAACUGAUAAAUUCAUUCUGGAAAACUCAACACGGUUGGGUCCUGGUGGCUCGACAGCAGUUACUGCAAUUGUUAUUGAUGGUAAAGAUUUUUGGGUGGCAAACAUUGGGGACUCCAGAUCUGUCUUGUGUGAAAGGGGCUCUGCAAAUCAGCUCACUGUGGAUCAUGAACCACACAGUGAACGAAGAAGGAUUGAGAAGCAGGGUGGUUUUGUGACUAUUCUUCCUGGAGAUGUGCCCAGGGUGAAUGGCCAACUUGCAGUUGCACGGGCAUUUGGGGAUCAAAGCCUUAAGGCCCAUUUGAGCUCAGAGCCUGACAUAAGACAUGUACCUAUUGUUUCAACUAUAGAGUUCGUUAUAUUGGCAAGUGAUGGCUUAUGGAAGGUCAUGAAGAACCAAGAGGCUGUUGAUUUGGUAAAAUCUGUGAGAGAUCCUCAAGCAGCAGCUAAGCGUUUGACCAUGGAGGCAUUGGCAAGGAAGAGUAAAGAUGAUAUAUCAUGCAUUGUGAUCCGUUUUGGGUCUUGAAAAGCAUGCCUGUUUUUUGGUGGUUGCUAAGGUAGUUGCUCUGCGUACUGACUAAUUCCAUGGGUUGCAGAUAUGGAGAUCAUCAUUUCUAGGUGCUCCAUCCGUGUCUUUCUUCUUUCUGGUCAAAUGUAGAAGCAAUUUCUUAUUUAUAUUAUUGCAGAUUCCCUUGCAUGUUGACCAUCAUAUUGUAGUUCAUUCUAGAGCAAGUUUCAGUAUUGUGGUUGCUGUGAAAUUGACCGUCUAUUAUAUAUGUCAUUAAAGGUAGAAAAGAGUCCCAAAUUAAUCCAUGAGCUAUAUCCAUGGUUUGGUUAGGUGGUGUGAUUAA